ACCUGUAGUCAAAAUGGCGACAUAUUUAGAGAGCAUGCAAACUUAUUUUAAAAACAAUGGAAAAACACGUGAAUUUUCAGCGCAUUCAUCAAAGGUUCAUUCCGUUGCAUGGAACUGUGAAGGACGAAAACUGGCAUCCGGGUCUUACGAUAAAUCAGUCAAUGUGUUUCAUCUAGAUCGGGAUAGAUUGUCAAAAGAUGUGACAUUCAGAGGGCACAGUGACAGUGUAGACCAGCUCUGCUGGCAUCCAAAGCACCCAGAUCAGCUUGUAACAGCCAGCGGGGAUAAAACAAUUCGUCUGUGGGAUGCCAGAGCAAACAAAUCUAUUGCUACUGUGAAUACAAAAGGUGAAAACAUUAACAUCUGCUGGUCACCAGAUGGCAGCACCAUAGCAGUAGGGAACAAGGACGAUCUCAUAACGUUCAUCGACGCCAAGACCCACCGGUCUCGCCUAGAUCAGCAGUACCACUUCGAAGUGAAUGAGAUCUCCUGGAACAGAGAUGGGGACUUGUUCUUCAUGACCAGUGGCCAGGGGUGUAUCCAUGUUCUAAGUUACCCAGAUCUGAAGUCCCAGGUGGUUUUGAAUGCCCACCCGGCCAACUGCAUAUGUAUAGAGGUGGACCCCAAAGGGAACUACUUUGCUACUGGAAGUGCCGACGCCCUAGUCAGCAUCUGGGACAUUCGGGAACUGGCCUGUCUAAGGACCAUUUCAAGACUUGAUUGGCCAGUGCGAGCACUGAGUUUUAGUCACGAUGGAAAAAUGUUGGCCUCUGCAUCUGAAGAUCUGGUCAUAGACAUCUGUGAAGUGGAGACAGGGGAGAAAAUUUCCGAGGUUCCUGUAGAGUCGCCUACCUUUACUAUAGCCUGGAAUCCCAAGAAACAUCUACUGGCCUUUGCAUGCGACGACAAAAGUGAGCGGGACCGUGACCGAGACGCCGGGACUGUGAAGCUGUAUGGGUUACCUGGGGAACACUAGAACUUGAGAAAUUGGGCCUUUGUUGAUGGCUUUACUAGUUUAAUAUAAGAUCUGGGUUUUGCUGCAGGAUUUGAUGCAAAUGCAAAUUGGGACUGAGAAUUGUACUGGAUUGUAGGCCGAAAAGCAUUCCUGUGGUUAUCCCUUUCCCUCUGAGAGGAAAUGCAAAUGGCUAUAUGCAAUCAGCAUAAAACCAGAACAGGCUACAAGUUAUCUGCAGUUUUCUAAAGUUUCAUGUUGUUUGCUUCUCAUCAGAACCGUACAGUUGGAAAUAAAGCCUUCAAAACUUGAAUCAAGUAAGAUAGGUCUCAAACUUUCAUUUGAUGUUCUAAAGACCUACAAACAUGCCAAAGUGCGUUUCUGAGUGGUAAAGGGUUUUUGAGAAAGUACUGUAUGUUUUUUUUGAGAGGACUGAGUUUAGCACUGCAUUGGAGAGAUUAUUAACUGGCAUGGUUCAACCUUUGCUUUGAUGAUUCAUGAAAUGCUUUGUUUGGAAAGAGCUGCUAUAAGGACAAUUUACCAGGACAAAGGAGAUACUUUUUAUAGACUGCAAAUGUUAUUGGAAUGGACCACUUUAUAUUAUGUAGAAAUGAGUGGCAUAAGCUAUGUCUGCAUUUUUUUUAAACAUAAACUGUUGUCAUAUUUUGGAAUGAUACGUAGUUGUGUAAGGUUUGUUUUUUAAAAACAAGCUUAUGGUCACAUUAUAAUCUUCUCACUAUUCAAAUAAUAAAUGCAGUUUAAGAUAUUUGUGUGUCUGACAAUAUAUUUUGCAAAAUACUGCAGACAUCGAUCUCUUUUUGAAUAUUGAGUAACUGCACUUGUUAAAUACUUGGUAGUUUUCUUUAGAAUUAAGAUAUGGAUGUCAGCAAUACAUAGGUUUAGACACUUACUGUCAUUUUCUGACAUUCAUGAGUAUUGUACAAGUUCAUGAAUAUAUUUUUUGUGCAAGCUUUAGUUUUGUUUUGUUGUAAAUACAUGUAAUUAUUAUACUUGCAGUGCUUGUUUUAUUUAUUAAAGAAUGUCUGAUACACAUCUGUGAGUUAAUUACUGUGUUCAUUUACAAACUCGUUUCUCUUAGACUUAGAUAGAUCAAUUUAAUGUGGGAUAAUAACAAUUUAUGCACGGUGGUAUGCACUCUUUUGACUAUUAGGUCGUGUGUACAAACUGUACAUAUGUGAUGAUAUGCAUUUACAUGAUACUUGCUUUACCAAGAAAUAUUCUUUCUGUCCAGAGAAAAUAACAAUCACAGUUAGCAAGACAAUGGUUUAUUAACGUUUGUAAACAUAUAAGAAUACAUUAGAAUAAGAAUGCAUAUGUAUGCAUUCUAUAGAACAAUUGUAAAUUUGCUUUAAAAUAUUAGGACCCAACAAUAUAAUAUUAAGUACAAUAUAUUUGCAAGAAUUUUUUUCAAAAUACUAUGUUAAUAAAUAGGGAUAUUAAACUUUUAAAUCUUCAAUAUUACAAAAACAAAACAUUGUAAGCAUAGCAAAUGCAAAAUAUUCUUCGGGUUAUGUUGUAAUAAAUUUAUUUCUUAAUGGA